GGGAAAGAUGGCGUCCUCUAACAAUCCCCGCAAAUUUAGCGAAAAAAUCGCUUUGCAUAACCAGAAACAGGCGGAAGAAACUGCGGCAUUUGAAGAGGUUAUGAAAGACUUGAAUGUCACCAGAGCUGCACGGUUGCAGUUACAGAAGACCCAGUAUUUGCAACUAGGGCAGAAUCGUGGACAGUACUAUGGAGGCUCACUGCCCAAUGUCAAUCAGAUUGGAAAUGGCAACAUUGACCUGCCUUUUCAGAAUUCUGUGCUGGAUACCAGUCGCACAACCAGGCAUCACGGAUUGGUGGAUCGUGUUUACCGUGAACGAAAUCGCAUCACCUCUCCCCACCGCAGACCUCUUUCGGUUGACAAACAUGGACGUCAAAUCGACAGCUGCCCCUACAGCUCAGUUUACCUCUCGCCGCCACCAGACACAAGCUGGAGAAGGACAAAUUCCGAUUCCGCCUUACACCAGAGUACCAUGAAUCCCAAACCCCAAGAGGUGUUUGCUGGCGGAUCACAGGAGCUUCAACCUAAACGAGUGCCCGGGACGGAGAGCUUGGAGACAAACGCGGACAACGAUGCACAGGAACAGCUGUGGGAUGACAAGAAGGGGGAUUCACCAAACCAUAACACAUGUGACGUCCCGGGAAUCAACAUUUUCCCAUCACCAGACCAGGAACUGAACCCGGCCGUGCUGCCUGCUGCACACAACACAGGCGGCUCAUUACCUGAUCUCACCAACAUCCAGUUCCCUCCACCUCUGUCCACUCCACUGGACCCUGAAGACACAGUUGCCUUCCCAUCCCUCAGCGCGUCCAACAGCACGGGCAGCUUGACCACCAACCUCACCCAUCUAGGCAUCAGCGCAGCCAGCCAUGGGAUCCCUACUUCCGCUCAGCCCACUAUGACUGUCGCAGAACAGCGCCGCCAGCCUCCCGUGGUGCCACUUACACUAACCCCCGACCUCCAUCUUCACAAGUCCACACAGCAGCUGUCGCCCACCCUCUCCCCACCCGUUAACAUCACACAGAUAUUUCCAACGGACCAGCAAACCCUGGAGCAACAGCUUUCCCAGUUCCCUCUUUUCAACCAUCUGACUGCUCAGGCCCAGGCUCAGUUGCUGAGCGAUCUGCAGAAGCAGCCACUGCAGGGCAUCCAGCUCAUCACUCUGCCGACUCCUGCCUCCACCGGCGCAGGCCCCGCCACUGCCAACAGCCCAUCCCCGGACAGCCAGACCUCAGCCAGCAUCAGCUCGUAUCGCAAUCAGACUGGCUCACCAGCCACUCAGUCUCCAACCUCCCCAGUCUCCAAUCAAGGCUUCUCCCCUGGCGGCUCGCCACAACAUAUUCCCGCGGUGGGCAGCAUAUUUGGCGACUCCUUCUAUGAUCAGCAAGUGGCAUCAAGGCAGACCAACGCUCUGUCCCACCAGUUGGAGCAGUUCAACAUGAUUGAGAACCCCAUCAGCUCGACUGGCCUGUACACGCAAUGCUCCACCCUCAACUAUACUCAAGCCGCCAUGAUGGGUCUUAGCGGCGCCAGCCUACAAGAAUCUCAGCAACUCGGCUACAGUAGCCAUGGCAACAUUCCCAACAUAAUCCUUACAGUCACAGGUGAAUCCCCGCCGAGCCUCUCCAAAGAGCUCACCAAUUCGCUGGCGGGCGACGUCAGUUUCGAUGCAGACUCUCAGUUCCCUCUGGACGAGCUCAAGAUUGACCCCCUCACCCUGGAUGGGCUUCACAUGCUCAACGACCCCGACAUGGUGCUGGCCGACCCGGCCACGGAGGACACGUUCAGGAUGGACAGGCUGUGACUGUGGCGCUGCGCAAUUAGAAGAUAAACACUCGAACGGAGGAGGAGGAGGAGGAGAGACAAAGGGCUGGCUGGGGUGGAUCCCCCCCCGUCCCUUGUUGCAUGGCCACGACUCGCGCUCGACUCGGUAAAAGCCCUUUGACACAAUGACUGCAGGGAAAAGGACGUCCUGUGGCUUCCGGGGUAUGGCCUCGUUGUCCUUUUUAAAAAGAGAUUGGUCGCUAGCACGGCUGUGUUUACAGUGUACCAUGAAAUGCCACAUAUUUUCCAAAAAUGCACAUUUAUUUCCUAUUCAUAUUCACUUUAAUCUUAUUUUUUAUUUAUAUUUGGUGGUCGCAGGGUUAGCUGCAGAGACAUUGGACUAAAGCAUACGUAUCAUAUCAAUCAUGAAAAAAAAAAGAAAUGCUGUUGGUUUUCCUGCCUGCGUUCAAUUUAUCGGGUAUUCAACAGCUAUCACACUCAAAGCUUUAUUUUUGACAACCAAAUGUUGUUGUUGUUUUUUUAAAUCAUGCACUGUGUGUUUUGAUGCGGUUUGAAUUUUCUUCUUUUUUUUCCGUUCAUACAUCUGAUGCCAAAAUGUUCUCGGUAGGCAGUGUAAAUCUGCACUGAUGUAAUUUAUUUCUGAAUUUUGAACAUAUUGUAUCCGUGUUGAAGCGACUUGUUUUUUGAAGGAGUGCAAAACCUCCCCAUAGUUGCUCUUUAGUGUUGGAUGUGCCAUAUUUGUUACUGUUAGCCCAGAAGUGACGGUCAACUCAUCGUAACUUUGUGCCGGAAAACACACACGCUCCAAAAGCAGGGUUGUUUUUAGAUGAUCAGGUAAAACGACUUAAUGGGAAAGCCUAAUUAAUGAUCUGACCGAGAAAAUCCAACAGACUGGGAAGGAAGCUGUCUGUCAAAUUCCAAAUCUUUUUUGAAGUCGUCACUGUGAAAAAUCACCUGAUUUUGCCUUACAUCAGUAUUCUUACUGUUAAGUGUCGAACAUAUUUUCGUAACUUCUUGUAACAUUUUCUCGUAUUUGAGAGAGACGUUUGUGCUAUUUGUGCUUAUGUUGUGUCCAGUCUGACAAAUCAAUGUACUGUAUUUUGUAGCGGUACACUUUAUAGCCAAAUUAUUGAUGUUUUAUUAAGUGGGUGAAAGGGGGUAAAAAAAAAAAAGUAGUGGAUAUAUGUGGAGGAGCGCAAAUAUGGGGAGG